GCGGCCGCCUCCUCCCGUCAACGGCUCCGCGGACAUGGCCAGGCUCCUGGUCGGCCACGGCGCGCAGCUGGAGGCGGAGAGCGCCUCCCUCGUGGCCGGCGGGCAGGUGGUGGACGAGGUGGCCAAGGUGCUGCUCGCCAACUCGCGCUUGCCCUCCUGUGCGCGGUCGCAGGACUGGGACGGCGCCAUGGCGGCGGUGGGCGACGGCGCAUGGGUAGAUGCGUUCGAGCAGGGCACCAAGCGCACGGCCCUGCACUGGGCCUCCAUCCACGGCUGCGCGCCCGCGGCUCUGCGCCUCGCCAACGCCGGCGCCGGCCUCGAGGUCCGCGACGCGGACGGCUGGACGGCGGUGCACUGCGCCCUGCAGAGCGGGCACGUGGAGGUGGUGGCCGCGCUGCACUUCCUGGGGGCGUCGCUGUCGGCCAGGGCGUCGCGGGGCGACACGCUGUGCCACCUGGCCGCCCGCGCCGACGCGGGUACGAUGGUGCAGCUGCUCCACGCCGCGCGGUGCGAGCUGUCGAGCACCAACGCGGAGGGCCGCGCGCCCCUGCAGGUCGCCGCCGAGGGGGGCUGCGCCUCCGUGGUCGCCGCCCUCGUCGCCUUCCAGGCGGACGCCGGCGCCAAGGACGACGGGGGCGCACCGCCCUCGCCGUGGCGCCGUCGCCGGGAGCGCCGAGGUCGUGCAGCUCUUGCUGACGCCGUUCCCGUGGCCGGGGCGGGGCUGGGACGCGGAGCACCUCGCCGAGCUCGCGGCCAGCCUGCCCGCGGUCGAGGUGCCCGUGCCCCAGCUCGUGCAGCCCGAGCCGGAGGUCUUCGACGGGGAGCCUCGCGACGACAAGGGCCCCGCGGUCGCGAAGAAGACGACGAGCAAGGGCAAGAAGGGACCGAAGGGCAAGAAGAACCUGAAGCCCACGCUGAGGCCCACGAUCUCACUCGAGGCUCCCGACCUCGAGGACGACGGCGACCUCUCCCUCUCGGGCCGCCUCUCGAGCGUGCCCGACCUGACGCCCUCUGUCGCGGGCUCCCUGGCCGGGCAGGACGAGGCCCCCCGCCGGCCCUCGAAGGAGAAGCCCGAGGAGAGGCCCCCGUGAUCUCCGUGGAGGCGCCCGCUCUGUGCCCCACCUCGGCGGCCAUGCCCGAUGUGCCCGAGGACGCGGAGGCCGAGGCCGACGCGCAGGAGGCCGAGCUGGCGCCCUCUGAGGAAACCGACCUCUUGGACCUCCCGUCCGAGCCGUUGUCGCCGACCACGCACGCGUCCGCGCGCUCCGCGAGGACCGCGUCAUCCGGCGGGAGGAAGAGUAGGCGGAUCUCGCGCAGAGGCUCCCUCGUCACCGACCGGGCGUCGCUGAAGGCCCCCGACAGCCCCGAGGGCUCCGUGGCCCUGUCGGGCCGCUCCGGCAGGUCGCCCCGCGAGGAGGCCUCGCUGGACCUGGGCGCGACGCCCGUGGCACUGCUGUGGUGGGCGGCGCAGGACUGGCGCGCGUGCGGCACUCUGGCGCUGCGUUGCAGCGCUGGCGCUUGUCGCCACGUGUUGCUGGAUUCUCUGGUUGACUCUUGA